CCAUGCUUGCAUUCAACUUAAAAGAAAAUUGCCGUCUCCUUGCCGACCUUUGCCCGAAAACAAUUCUCUUUUCUUUUUUUUCUAAAAUUUUCCAACAUUUCCUUCCAUUCCCGACCUUCUUUCCUUUUUACCUGUCCAAUUUCAUUCCUCACAAUUUACUCCUAAAUUCAUUCGCUCAAUUUGGUUUUUGGAAGGUAUGGAAGAAUUAUUUUGUUACUACAUAUUAUUAUUCCCUCCUCCCCCCCCUCUCUUUUUUCUUCUACUCUUUUCUCACUUGAGUGAAGAAUUCUUUUCUUAAAAUAUAAAGUACUUCAUUUUUAAGCGUGGCCGGCAUAUGGUUGGUUGUUAUUUCGGUUGUUCUUCUCGAUUGAGAAAGAUUCUAAAUACUCUUCUGGAUGAAGUGAAAAAUAAAAAGGAAUGGAAUAAUUGAAUAGAAAAAAGGAUGAAGAAAAAAAGGGG